GUUCGGUUGAGACUAGGAAGGAGCUAGUGGAUUAGAGCCAGGAUAAUAAGGAGGUUUGCUACAAGGUGGUCUUUGCCUGGGGCUAGAGUUUCCUCGCGGUGCCAGCGUCCGUGACCACCGGAUGACCAUGUCAUUAGACUUUGGCAGUGUGGCCCUACCGACACAAAAUGAAGAUGAAGAAUAUGACAGAGAAGACUAUGAAAGGGAGAAAGAGUUGCAGCAGCUACUCACAGACCUUCCUCAUGAUAUGCUGGAUGAUGACCUCUCUUCCCCCGAGCUCCACUAUUCAGACUGCAGUGAGGAUGGCACAGAGGGAGAACCACAUCAUCCUGAGCACUCGAAGAUGAAUUGGAAUGAGCAAGUGCUGCCCACAUCUCAAAAUAUAAAUGACUAUAAUGAAACUGGGAGUUUAUAUGUUGAAGCAAAAUGUGGCAAUGACUGGCAAGAAGAUCGAAGUAAAACUGAAGACAAACAUCCUGGGUACCAUCCUGAAGAAGGUGGCGAUGAAGGCGGAAGUGGUUAUAGCCCUCCGAGUAAAUGUGAACAGGCUGAUUUAUAUCACCUUCCUCAAAACUUCAGGCCAUAUACCAAUGGUCAGAAGCAGGACUUUAAUAACCAACCAACCAAUGUAAUUAAGUUUUUAGAUCCUCAAAGGAACUAUUUUCAGCAAUUUGGCUUAGCACAAGGUCCCAGUUGUCAAGCUUUGGAAUCUUAUAAAGUGACAUACAAACCUUAUAAGUCUUCUGCCCAGAAUAAUGGCUCGCCAGCCCAGGAGAUAGCAGAAAGUGACACCUUUGAAGGGCUGCAACAACAGUUUUUAGGAGUCAGUGAAAAUUCUGCAGAAAAUAUGCAAAUUAUUCAACUUCAGGUUCUUAACAAAGCAAAAGAAAGACAACUAGAUAACUUAGUUGAAAAGUUAAAUGAAAGUGAACGACAAAUUCGAUAUCUGAAUCACCAGCUUCUGAUGAUCAAAGGUGAAAAAGAUGGUUUGACCCUUAGCCUAAGAGAAUCACAGAAACUCUUUCAGAAUGAAAAAGAAAGAGGGAUGCAGCUUGAAGCACAAAUAAAAGCACUGGAGACCCAAAUACAAGCAUUAAAAAUCAACGAAGAACAGAUCAUCAAGAAGUCCAGAACAACUGAGAUGGCUCUGGAGAGCUUGAAGCAACAACUGGUGGACCUUCACCAUUCUGAAUCACUUCAACGAGCUAGAGAGCAGCAUGAGAGUAUUGUGAUGGGCCUCACAAAGAAAUAUGAAGAACAAGUGUCAUCCUUACAAAAUAAUUUGGAUGCUACAGUUAACACACUUAAAGAACAGGAAGACAUUUGUCUUCAUUUGAAAGAUCACGUGAAGCAACUGGAAAGAAAUCAAGAAACGAUCAAGUUAGAAAAGACUGAGAUCAUUAACAGACUGACAAGAAGCCUGGAGGAAAGUCAGAAGCAAUGUGCCCACUUGUUGCAAUCCGGCUCAGUACAGGAGGUGGCUCAGCUACAGCAACAGCUGCAGCAAGCACUGAAGGCUCAUGCUAUGAGUGAGAAGAUGAACAAGGCUUUGCAAGAAGAAUUAACAGAACUAAAAGAUGAAAUUUCUCUCUAUGAAUCUGCUGGAAAACUAGGAGUACUUCCAACUGACUCUGAAGGAGAAUUAAAUAUAGAACUCACUGAAUCAUAUGUGGAUUUGGGUAUUAAAAAAGUCAACUGGAAAAAAUCCAAAGUUAACAGCAUUGUGCAGCAAGAAGACCUAAAUGAAGAACUUUCAAAAGAUGAAUUUAUUCUGAAGUUGAAAGCAGAAGUACAGCGUUUGCUGGAUAGCAACUCAGUGAAGCGUCAUCUGGUGUCUCAGUUACAGAAUGAUCUCAAAGACUGUCAUAAGAAAAUUGAAGCUCUCCAACAAGUGAAGAAGGAUGAGAAAAGCAUCGAGGUUGAGACCAAAACAGAUAUCUCAGAAAAACAAACUAAUCAAUUAUGGCCUGAUUCUUCUACUGCCAAUGUGAUUGUCAGAGGUGAUAUUCUGCGACUUAAAAAUGAAAUUCAAGUUUUACAACAACAAAAUCAGGAACUUAAAGAAACUGAAGAAAAACUGAGAAAUACAAAUCAAGACUUAUGUAAUCAAAUGAGACAAAUGGUACAGGAUUUUGAUCGUGAUAGACAAGAAGCUGUGGAUAGGUGUGAGAGGACUUACCAGCAGCACCACGAAGCCAUGAAAACCCAAAUACGUGAAAGCCUGUUAGCAAAGCAUGCUUUAGAGAAGCAGCAGCUCUUUGAAGUUUAUGAGAGGACUCACUUGCAACUUAGGUCUGAAUUAGAUAAGCUGAAUAAGGAGAUGGUUGCUGUGCAGGAAUGUUACCUAGAAGUGUGCAGAGAGAAGGACAAUCUAGAAUCGACUCUCAGGAAGACCAUCGAAAAGGAGCAACAGGCUCAGGAGAAGAUCAAAGAAAAACUCAUUCAACAGCUUGAAAAGGAGUGGCAGUCUAAACUGGAUCAAACUAUAAAGGCAAUGAAAAAGAAGACCUUGGAUUGUGGCAGCCAAACUGAACAAGUAACCACCAGUGAUGUUGUUUCCAACAAAGAGAUGGCAUUCAUGAUAGAAGAGCAGAAGCAAAAGAUCCAGCAGAAUUUAGAGCGAGAGAAGGAAAUGGCCAUCAAGGGGGCUUUGAAGAAACUUGAAAUUGAAUUGGAACUCAAAUAUUGUGAAAAUAUUGCCAAGCAGGUAGAAAUAGCUGUGCAAAAUGCCCGUCAUCGAUGGCUGGAAGAACUACCUGAGCUUGCAGAGUAUCAGGCACGUGUUAGAACAGAACAGAAGAAGUGGGAAGAACAACAAGAGAUCUCUGUGACCAAGCGGAUGGCAUUUGCUGUUUCUGAAGCUAAAGAGAAAUGGAAAAGUGAGUUUGAAAAUAUGAAGAAAAAUUUAAUACCUGAAAAGGAAUUGGAAGAGAAGAUUCAUUCUCUUCAGAGAGAACUAGAGUUAAAGAAUGAGGAAGUCCCUGCAGUCAUCAGGGCCGAAUUGGCGAAGGCUCGGAGUGAAUGGAACAAAGAAAAGCAAGAAGAAAUACACAGAAUUCAAGAACAAAAUGAGCAAGAUUACCGGCAAUUUCUAGAUGAUCAUCGAAAUAAAAUUAAUGAGGUGCUUGCGGCAGCUAAAGAAGACUUUAUGAAACAAAAAACUGAACUCCUUCUUCAAAAGGAGACAGAAUUACAAGCAUGUCUAGACCAGAGUCGUAGAGAAUGGACUAUGCAGGAAGCCAAGCAAAUCCAACUGGAAAUCUAUCAAUAUGAGGAAGACGUCCUAACUGUACUUGGUUUUCUCUUAAGGGAUACCCAGAAGGAGCACUUCAGUGAUUCAGAGGACAAGCAGCUUUUGGAAAUUAUGUCGACUUGUUCUUCAAAGUGGGUGUCUGUGCAAUAUCUUGAAAAACUAAAGGCCUGCAUACAGAAAGCAUUUCAGGAUACACUGUCUCUACUUACAGAAAAUGCCAACCCAGAAUGGGAAAAGAAAAAUACGACCGAGAUCUCUAAGGAUCCUGCCAACCAGGGCACUGACCAAGGAGACCCGGGAGUCUCAGCUGCUCUUCCUGCACCCACUUCUGGACACUACGCUCAGCUCUUGACCGUGGAAGACACAGAAGCAGAAGCUGAUAAGAAAAAGAUCCUUGAAAUUAAAGAUUUAUGCUGUGGCCAUUGCUUCCAAGAACCUGAAAAGGCAAAGCAGGAAUGUCAAGAUCUGAAAAGAAAACUGGAGAAAUGCUGUAGGCAUCUUCAGCAUUUGGAAAGGAAACACAAAGCUGUAGUGGAAAAAAUUGGAGAAGAGAAUAGUAAAGUUGUUGAAGAAUUAAUACAAGAAAACAAUGACAUGAAGAAUAAACUAGAAGAACUGCGAACACUUUGCAAAACACCACCAAGGUCAUUGUCUGAAGGAGCCAUUGAAAAUGCUUGUCUGCCAUGCAGUGUGGGGGCCUUAGAAGAACUUCGUGGACAGUACAUAAAAGCUGUAAAAAAAAUUAAGCGUGACAUGCUUCGUUAUAUUCAAGAGAGUAAAGAAAGAGCUGCGGAAAUGGUAAAAGCAGAGGUAUUACGAGAACGUCAGGAAACUGCCCGAAAGAUGCGCAAAUAUUAUUUAAUUUGCCUCCAACAAAUUUUGCAGGAUGAUGGAAAAGAAGAAGGGGCUGAGAAAAAGAUUAUGAAUGCUGCUAGCAAACUUGCUAUGAUGGCAAAAUUGCUGGAAACACCUAUUUCUAAUAGGUCCCAGAGCAAAACUACAGAGUCAGUACUGCCCCUGACUUCAGAGGUGCUGACCGGAGUUGAAAAAUUGAAAAGAAAGGAUGUGAAUCAGAAUAUACCACGUUAUAUUGAAAGCAAAUCAAACAGUGUAAAAACUAGUGUACAUGAACAAGUUCCUAAGAAGAAGUCUGCUUGUAACUUACAGAGGCUGUUAGAGAACUCAGAGCAUAGGUACAUAAAGCACGUGGGAUCCAAGUCACAUUCAGACUUUCAGUUUGAGGACAGUAAUUGCAAGCACUUAAACAUUUUGCCAAGAAAUACAUCUCCUGAGUUUGUUCUCUGCGAAGGUGAAGGAGGCUUUGGUGUACGCAAGAAGAAAGAUCUACUUAGUAAUACUGGUUCUGAAUCAUUUCCACAUUCAGCCACAUACCCCUUUCUUGAAACUUUUGGAAAUAAACUCUCACCUAGUUGUACUCCUGGUCCUUCUGAAUCAGGAUCCACACAUAUACCCUUUCGAGAUCCUCAUAAAAGACUUGGCUUAAAAGUAUAUACAUGUAAUCCACUAAUGGAAAGUGAAAAUGCUACAUUUGAGAAAAGUCAAGGUUUGCGUGCUCAGGAAACUCCAGUAAAAGAUGGAGGAAACCUUAGUGAUUCUUUGGACUGGCCUUCCAACAGUGCAACUUUACUCUGUGACAGUUGUGAAGUAUCAUUUGUACAUGGUAGGCCACAAGGAACUCUGGACAUACUAGGUGAAUCUGUUAAUUUCAAACAGUUUCCAGCAACCAAUUGUCUUUCAGAUAGAGAGAAAAGAAAUAUGGUUUGUCAACCAAUGAAAUGUCAGCGUGAUCAAACUCCAAACCUCUCAGAAGAAACCACAUCCUCCCAGCCAGGGAAGAUCAGUGUGACUCUUGGACACCCACCUCAUCAUAAGGCUGAUAUAUUAAAAUCAGAUUUCAAACAACUAAGUAUUACAGUACCAUCUUCAGUUUGUCAACAGUCUUCAAGAAAAUUGAUUGCUCCGCUGUCUAGCCAACAAGAUAGUGGCUUUGAUAGCCCAUUUGCCAAUCUAGACUAAUUGUUGUACAGUAUUUAAGAAGAAUCAUUAAUAUAUUGACAAGAAAACUAGAAGGGAAGACUUCAUACUGAAGAAUUGUGGGUUCUGCCUGGUUUGAGAUGUUUUAAUAACAUCAUUAUAUGAGUAAAGUAUUCCCAUAAAAUUACUUGAGGUAUUUAUGUUGCCUUAAUAUUCUGAAGGCCUGAUAGUGUAUGUGUAAUCUGCUUUUGUGUGGUACUUAUUUAGGUUGCUAAACCAUCUAUUUUUAUACUUAUAAAUUGGCUCACUCUGCAGUGUUAAAUUAUUUAAAUAAACUUGCAUGUGGUCUGUAGAA